UUGCGUGUCAGAAUCAGAAGCUUGUUCUGGGUCAGUGAUUGGUCAACAGCUGUUCUGAGACACACAUCACAGAGAGGGAGCUCAAGUCAUUCAUCUGUCAACCAAUCACAGCCACAGGUGCACCACGGCCAAUUAAACGUGGGGAGAGAGAAAGAGAGACAGAAAGCAUGAGAAAGAGUGAAAAAGAACAGGUGUAAAGAGAGCCUGUGAGAGAUAGAAGAAAAGGUACACAUAAAUAGACCAAGAAAGGAGUCACAAAGUAAGAAGGAAGAGAGAGAGAGGUGAGAAAGAGAGAGCGAGUAACUGAAAGAGAAGCAGAGAGCAUGUGGCGCACAGACAGAAGAGCAGAGAGGGAAUGAGAGCGCUCUCACCCCGUCUCCGCAGACAGCAGCUAAUGAACUAAGAGAGCGAGAGACGGCAGGUAUAAAACUAGCGAUCCACUACCUGAGGAACUUUCUGACACAUAAGAGACUGUCAGAAAAUAUCAUUGGGCUGCACACAGAAAAAAAAAAAAGCUCAGUUGGAAGACGUGCUUCUCUCUCUCAAGGAGAAUAACGUAAAAGCUGAGACAAUGGGAGACAGAUAGGGACACUCUUUUGACCUCUGCGCUGACACCUUUGGGACGGAAGAGCGCGUUUAAUGGAUUUCAGACAAUUUCCUGUGACAGUUUUCUGUCAAUAUUGAGUUUCAGGGAUGUCCUGCGUGGGAUGACAUUUACAAGCAGAACGCAAGCUCUAUCAGAUCGCAUGAACGAAGUGUUAACUCUUUCAACAUGGCGGCUGUGUACCUUGACGGAGAGAGUCAACUUUAUCCCAUACACUUCCAGAAUGUGAUUAAAACACUUUCAGACACCAGACAUGUCGACAUGCUCUACAAUCCCCAACAAACCUGUCUAUUCAUGACAGUUUCAAGAUGUUAAAUCCGGGUUGGCAGCUGAACUUUGGGGCAUCAUGGUCAAUGUGACGCCCAGUAUAGACCCAGCAGCGGCCCACGAGAGGUACAACUACCUCGCGUUGAUAUGCGGCGUGCCUCUCAUCCUCAUUAUCAUCUUGGGGAACAUCCUAGUGUGCCUCAGUGUGUUGACUGAACGCUCCCUCAAAACCGCAACUAACUACUUCAUCGUCAGUCUGGCCGUGGCCGACCUCCUGCUGGCCGUGCUGGUCCUCCCGCUCUACGUCUACUCUGAGUUCCUGGGAGGCAUGUGGACCCUGAGUAUGUACAUCUGUGAUGCCCUAAUGACUAUGGACGUGAUGCUCUGCACUGCUUCCAUUUUGAAUCUAUGUGCAAUUAGUGUGGACAGGUACAUUGCAGUGGUGGUCCCUCUGAAGUACAACAGGAACCAGUUUAGUGUUCGUCAGUUGGUCUUGAUCACAGCCACCUGGGUGCUUUCCCUGGGCGUAGCCAGUCCUGUCAUAUUCGGCUUGAACCAAGUGCCCAACAGGAACCCUCACGUGUGUAAGCUGGAGGACAACCAGUUUGUAGUCUACUCCUCCAUCUGCUCCUUCUUCGUCCCCUGCCCUGUCAUGCUCCUCUUGUACUACUGGAUGUUCAGGGGACUAAAGCGAUGGAGCUCUGGUCGUAGCCGCUCGCACCUCCGCCGGCCACCCAGAGGGCGUAGGAGCCUGUCUUUGCGUCUAGGAGCAGCUCUACAGAAGGAGAAAGGACGGGCGAGGGAGAAGGUGGUGUACCUUAUGCCUGCAGGUCUUAGCCCGACUUCUCUCACCCCUACCCCGACUACUCCUGUCUCCUCAGCCAGUCCGGUUACCAUUACCAUGGACGAGCAGGCAGAAGGUCAGAUGCCGGCAGCAGAGAGUGACCCUAUGACCACCCAGAUGGACAGUGUUUCGGAUGCAGAGAACCCUGAGAGGGCCACAGAGGAUGAGAGCGGCCGGGAGAACGGUGUGGGGAAGAACCAUCGGUCUCAUGCGGGACGCCGCCACAACAAGAGCAACAGGGUGAGCGGACGGGAGCGGAAGGCAAUGAAGGUGCUGCCUGUGGUUGUGGGAGUUUUUCUGGCCUGCUGGACUCCUUUCUUCGUGGUUCAUGUGACUAAGGCGCUGUGUGAGUCAUGUGACAUCGGGCCAACUCUGAUCAGCGUGGUCACAUGGCUUGGUUACGUGAACAGUGCCGUCAACCCCAUCAUCUACACUGCCUUCAACGUGGAGUUCAGGAAUGUCUUUCACAAACUGCUCUGCUGUCGCUCCUGAGACCAAUGAUAUUAUAAGUGAUAAUAAUUAAAUCACUCAAACAAUAAUGAUUAAAAAACACCAGGAUGAUCUGAGCACACAAUGGUCUCCAUUGAGAAAUUGAACAUUACAGUGGAUUACUGAAAGGAACGAAUGGACAUAGACUGUAAUGUAUUAUUGGAAUGUACCUGGAAUGUACCAUUGAGGAAAACUUCUGAUGCCUUAGUUAACCGAACUUGUAAAAUGAUUGCUUGAAUACUACAGUAGAUAACAGAAUACUGUUGAUUUCAUAGCCCAGAGGCAUAAAAUAUGUGAAAACGUCCACAUUGAAGAUAACAGUCGUCUGUGUUUAAGUGAUUGCUAUCAGUGUUUAUUUAAUUAUUUUUUAAAUGGAUUUUCUUAUCCUUUUUUUCUAAGGUGUUGAUGGUUUAAAUAUAUAUGCAGAGUGGACAGGCAGCUUUUUUCAUGGUUUAAGAGAAAGUUCGAGCUGUGUUUGGAAUGACAUACUAGCAUGCUGCAUACUGAGCAGUAUAUUGCCUAAUAUUUAUAAAAAAUGUAUGCAUUAUGGAACGGUAAACUUUUUUAUUUAAAAAAAAGUUGCAUUCUACAUUGUUGACCUUGACACAUAGUUUACUACAUGUAUGAUUCAGUUAUCAUCACUUAUGGUUAUUGUGCACAUUUAUUUCAAGUAUGUGUAAAUGUAAGCACACAGAGAAUUUGCAUACUGCAUACGGUAUGCAUAUUGUAUAAUAGAAUAGUAGUACAGUACUAUAUUACAUAAUGGAAAUAUGCUGUCUACUAGAAGUAUGGAAGUAUGCUUAUGCUAUUCUGAACGCAGACAUUCAUUUUUAAAGGUGCACAUGUUGAGACAAAUUUUUAAGCCCUGUAAAACCAUGCAAACACAGCCAGGGUAAAAGUGGCCUGUUAAUCAGAAAUCUUAUUUUCUUGCCUACAUCACCUUUAAACUCUGUUAGUUAGAACAAAUUAUGUUAAGAAGUUAAUCCUGUGGCUUCAUACAAAGAGGAAAUCGUGCCAGUCAUUGGGGGUGUAUAUACAGUUGCCAAAAUCAGUGGAUUCCUUUCUCUGCCUUAGUGCACACAGUCUGCCAAUUUAGUUUUGUUGCAAGUGUGAUUCACAAAAUGUGUACAUGUGCUCAGCAGUGGCUGAUAAUAAAACUGCAUAAUAGCAUGGGGGGAUUGUGGGUAUUAUCUGGGGUGGAUUAUAGUAAUUGUGCUUCUAAGAAUCAGUGUUGUAAAGAGUCUCGUGAAAUGAGUAUUGCUGUUCUUGUACAGGAUCAUCAGUGCAUCUGUCACAUUAUAGAGAUGUAUGUGCUUUCCUGCUUAAAUUGUACAAAUACUAUAUAUAUAUAUAUAUAUAUAUAUAUAUAUGCAGUGUGCUCCGUAAGUCUAAGGCUACAGUGACAAUCUGGUAUUCAAAAUCAAAUUUAAAAUCAAAUUUAAACAUGACAAAGGUUUAUGAUUUUCAGAUUUGUGAAAUUCAUCACAUUUUUUCCUCUACUGUGGUAUUAUAGUUUGUAAUUUGAAAAAUGAGGUUCAUAUGAGGUCUCAGACUUUUGGAUCCCAUAUAUAUAUAUAUAUAUAUAUAUAUAUAAAAUAUAAAGAUUUUCUUUUUAAUUAAUACUUUUAUUGAGCAAGGAAACAUUAAAUUGAUCAAAAGUGACAGUAAAGUCAUUUAUAAAGUUACAAAAUAAUUCUAUUUCGAAUAAAUGCUGUUCUUUUGAACUGUAUAUUCAUCAAAGAAUCCUGGAAAAAAAUAAGCAGAAUAACUGUUUUGAACAUUGCUAAUCAGCAUAUUAGAAUGAUUUCUGAAGGAUCAUGUGACACUAAAGACUGGAGUAAUGAUGCUGACAAUUUAGCUUUGCUAUCACAGGAAUAAAUUACAUUUUACAAUUUGCUAUCAUAUAAAACACUUUUUAAAAUUGCAACAAUAUUUCAAAACAAUGUUUUUACUUUUUGAUAAUUUUUAUCGAAUAAAUGCAGCCUUUUAGAGCAUAAGAGACUUUCAAAAAUCAUACCAACCCCAAAAUUUUAAUCAUUCAAAGUUCUUCAUAAUAAAUGUGAAUUUAUUAUGAAGGCAGGAUUUUAAAUUGCAACCACAGACCAAGUGAGAAAUGUA